CGGAGAGAUAGGUUAGUAAGAGAGAGGAAGCGUCGGGAGGAGGACUGAUCGAAAGAGAGAGAGAGAGAGUUGAGCGUCCUCCUUCCAGGGUUGUGCAAUAAGGUUCAAGUCGCCAUGAAUCUUGACCGCCAGUUCGCUCUUAACAACGCGCUGCGGCAGGCCAAAGAAAAGGCGACCAACGUGACCUUCCAAGUGAACCAUGUGAGUCGGAACAAGCGCGGGCAGGUCCUGGGCCAGCGGGGCGGCUUCCGGGGAUGUACGGUGUGGUUCACGGGGCUGUCCGGCGCGGGCAAGACCACCGUCAGCUUCGCACUGGAGGAGUACCUCGUCAGCAAGGGCAUCCCCGCCUACUGCCUGGACGGGGACAACAUGCGCCACGGCCUCAACAAGAACUUGGGCUUCUCCGACGAUGACCGCGAGGAGAACAUCAGGCGGGUCUCCGAGGUGGCCAAGCUGUUCGCGGACUCCGGUGUGGUGGCGCUCUGCUCCUUCGUCUCCCCGUUUGCCAAGGACCGUGCCCAGGCCAAGAAGAUUCAUGAGGACUCCGGGCUGCCGUUCUUCGAGGUGUUCGUGGACACGCCGCUGGAGGUGUGCGAGAAGCGGGACGUGAAGGGCCUGUACAAGAAGGCCCGCGCCGGCAUGAUCAAGGGCUUCACCGGCAUUGACUCGCAGUAUCAGAGACCAGAGACUCCCGACGUGGUGCUCAAGACGGCCCAGUGCUCAGUGGACGAGUGUGUGCAGCAGGUGCUGGACACACUGGAGGAGUGGGAGGUGAUCCCAAAGUCUGCCAAUGAGGGCGUGAAGGAACUCUUCGUGCCCGAGAACAAGCUGGCCAGUGCCAAGGCGGAGGCGGAGUCCCUGCCCUCCGUGUCCAUCAACUUCCUCGACCUGCAGUGGCUUCAGGUGUUGUCAGAGGGAUGGGCGUCGCCUCUGUCCGGCUUCAUGAGGGAACUGGAGUACUUGCAGUCCCAGCAUUUUGGUUGCCUGAUGGACAGCGGCGUGUCCAACCAGUCCAUCCCCAUCGUGCUGCCCGUCUCCACCGAGGACAAGGAGCGGCUGGACAGCUGCUCCGCCUUCACUCUGCGCUACGAGGGCCGGCCCGUGGCCAUCCUGCGCAAGCCUGAGUUUUACGAGCACCGCAAGGAGGAACGCUGCGCUCGACAGUUUGGCACUGUUUGUCCAGACCAUCCGUACAUCAAGAUGAUCAACGAGAGUGGUGACUGGCUGGUGGGGGGCGACAUUGAGGCUCUGGAACGCAUCAAGUGGAAUGAUGGGAUGGAUGAGUACCGCCUUACCCCACUGGAACUCCGCGCCAAGUUCCGUCAGCUGAAGGCCGAUGCUGUGUUUGCCUUCCAGCUCCGCAACCCUGUCCACAACGGCCACGCUCUCCUCAUGCAGGACACGCGCCGCCAGCUGCUGGACCGUGGCUACCACAACCCCGUGCUGCUGCUGCACCCCCUCGGCGGCUGGACCAAGAGUGACGACGUGCCCCUCAAGACACGCAUGGAGCAGCACCACGCAGUCCUGAAGGAGGGUGUUCUGGACCCCAACUCCACCGUGCUGGCCAUCUUCCCCUCGCCCAUGAUGUACGCCGGGCCCACAGAGGUCCAGUGGCACGCCAAGGCAAGAAUGGCAACUGGCGCAAACUUCUACAUCGUGGGACGGGACCCCGCUGGCAUGCCCCACCCGGUCACCAAGAAGGACCUCUACCACCCCCAGCAUGGCCGCAAGGUGCUCACUAUGGCCCCUGGACUCACCCAGCUGGAGAUUAUCCCAUUCAAGGUCGCUGCCUAUGACACAAAGGCCGGCCGCAUGGCGUUCUAUGACCCCGCGCGUAAGGCAGAAUUUGAGUUUAUUUCUGGGACGAAGAUGAGGGCGCUGGCUCGCAGUGGGGAGCUCCCUCCUGAUGGUUUCAUGGCGCCUCUGGCCUGGAAGGUUCUGUGCAACUACUACAAGAGUCUGGCCAAGGAGUAAGGAGUGUGGCAGCAGCAGCGGUGGUACAGCAGACCAGAGCCAAGGAGCAGAAGAGUGUGGCCACCUUCAGCAUGGACGCCAUGUUGUUACCAGAACAGCCGGACAGAUUUCAUGUUGAUGCUGAUUCAGUAGAUUUUUUGUGCUCUGGGCACUUGUUUGAGAUCCUGACCAUACCCAGAGCACAGCAAGCAUUAUUGCGUCAGCAGUGACAUGACUUUCACACAGCUCUCUUGGCAAUACCCAGAGCACAAAAAAUAACACAAUUGCCUCAGCAUAAGUUUGAAUUUUGUACGGCGCCUUUAUAACACCAUGGCGCGUGUGAUGAAGGCAGCCUCACUCUCCUGCUCCAGGGCUCUUGCUUGCUUCAUGCUGAGGGCACAGGAGAACAUAGGGCGUGUGAUGAAGGCGGCCUCACUCUCCUGCUCCAGGGCUCUUAAACUGCUUCACACUGAGGUCAGACUCCUGAAGAGACUGCAUUGAGUUUUAUGUUAUCUAAACAUUACUUUUUUCAUUAGAACAUGGCUAGUCAAGAAAUUUGUGUUAAUAUGAAAUUUUUUUUUUUAAGUAAGAAGUAAAUUGAAUAUUUAUGUAGCGAUGCUCCAGAGCUGUUCAGGCCACACUGCCAACAUGAGAGGUGAGGCGCCUGUACGGUGUAGGCCUUGCUGCAUUGGUCCAAAAUUGACCUCCGCUUUUUGGACCAUUCUAGUUUCUUUACAUGAGCAGCUCAAAGUGGACAUUUUCUCCCUUGAGCAGUUUCCUUUGCUGUAAAAAAAAUAAGGAGACCAAUCAUCUGCCUCGAAGAAAGGGAAUUAUAUAAAAAUGAUAACUAUGCACAUUCAGACACAAAAUUAUAGUUUAAAAUCUUAUUAACCCAGAUUUUUUAAGGAAGAGAAAAGUUUAAUCUGAAAGUAACAGUCGUCCAGAGCACAGAGGACUGUAAAAGGACGGGAACAGAUUUUUGUGUGGCAGUUGUAGUGAAGAAGGUCACCGCGGCACAGUGGUGGCACCCGAGUCUGAGGUGUGGAUAAUCGUGCUCCGGCAACCUGCUGUCACACAGGUUGUCGAAAGCCUUGCGAGAGGAAGCAAUUGUCUGUAAGAAUAAUAUGCAUUAGCAAUGAUUAAUACUAUCCAUUUUAGUCAAUUUUUAGUUCCAUAUUAUUAGUCAUGUCAUGUUUUGUUAAUUUAUAAGGCUGCUCCACUCAUUGUAAUUACUGCAUAGCCCUGGUGCUGCCCUGUGCACAGAAAAGUAUAAGAAAAAUUACCAAAAUUGUCAAUAUUUGUCAGUGUUGGCUGCAUAUUACUGAUGCUGACCAUGUCCUGUGCCCAGGGCCCUGUGUGACAGCUGGUUGGCAGAUCACAUCAGGGCACACCUCAGGCUCAGGCGCUGUAGUGCUUUUUCUUUUUUUUAGUAGUAGUAGUAGUAGUAGUCGUAGUUGUAGUCGGGAAAGUCAUGGUGGUAUUGUGUGUGUAGUCUUGUAGUUAGGGCAGGGAGUGGUGGUGGUGGUCAGGGCAGGUCACGGAGGGGGUGGCAGUUAGAGGAAGAUUUGACCACUUCAUCAUUUCCUCUGAUCACUUUUUAUUUUUCAACUUUUAACCGUUUUUAAUUCUUCUUCAUGAUCGAGAUUUUUCUUCCAGUUCAUGCUCACCCAAGGCAUUUUCACUCCAUUUUUUGCUCAUUUGGUAUUUUCCUUCAUUCACACACUCUAGUUUCCUUCAGACCAGUGGCUCCCAGUGAUCUUGCACCCACAACCCUUUUCCCAAAGCCUUUAAGUCUCGACCCCUAAUGUCAGCAGUUUGUUUUACACGUUUUUAACACCAGUUUUCAGCCAUAGCUGGCCCCAUGGAGGUAGAAUUGGUGGAGUUGACAUCACCCCUAAAAAGUGAAUCCACCGAACUGUCACAUAUACGGCUGCAAGGUUGUCCUGCCAGGUGUCAGGUGUUGUUGGGUCAGGUAUUUAUAAAAUAGAUCUACCGCAUCAAUAAAUGUACAAUUCUCAAAAACAUAACCAUCAUAUUGAAUGAGACGGAGUCUGGAGUUAACGACUGAGGUAGUGGACGUGAGCUCUCACCCGGGUAUCCCUCAUCUUCCGGCCCUAAAAAUGACAGUUUGGCGGCUUCACCUCAAUGAAUGGGAUUAGUGGGCCGUGUCAACUCCACCAAUUCUUCCUGCUGUUCCCUCUCAGUGCUCACCCACAGAAGCAUUCAGCACCAGCUGAAUACGAGCACAGAAAAUAAUCUCACCACGAUGAGCUAUUAAAAUUAUUCUCCCUAGUCAUUUAUGUCUGCCACGGCCUUGUGGCCCCCCAGCCAACCCUCCGUGGCCCCACAGGGGGUGGUGAACCACUGGUCGGGAACCCCUGUUCAAGGCUAUAUUUCACUGCAUUAUCUGUUGAUGUUUUCUUUUUUUGUUUUUUCAUAUUGUUACUAUGUUACAUUUAAGUCCCAAGUCAUUUUUAUUAUUAUUUUUAUUAAUAUUAUUAUCAUCAUCAUAAGAGGUGAAUCAGGCAGAGAGGAAGGAGAGCGGCCACUGUGAGCUGCCUGUCCAGCCCUCAAGCCCCUGAGCUCUGAGUGAACUCAUCCUGCGCUGUUUUACUUCAUCUUCUCAUGCACAUCAGUGGGAAUUCAACUAAGAGAACAGUUUUAAUUCCAGAGCCAUGUGUGUGUGUGUGACUCAAGGCUCACUCUCAGGCAGGCUGAUUAUUGUCAUUGUGAAAGUUUUUGGUAGUAUGACUUUUUUUUCUAUUUCUAAAGCAGCUGCCAUAAGUACCUUUUUUAUUGAUGUAUUUCAUUUUUGCUAAUUUUCAUAUAAUUUGCUUAUAGUAUUGAAAAAUAUUGUAAUUGUUGGUCAUCUCUAUGUGAGUCCAUCACAGUCAUUGCUUCCACCACAUUUCUUCCCCAAGUAUCUGCUGUGAACACCAGUGAAUGAUUUGUGGUCAGACACAGCAUGGCACAAUCCAGUCUUCAUUGCAGAAUUAUAUCCCUGCCAUUGUUCCUAUUCCUAUUGGGGUAUUUGUUCCACCUGCUGGAAAUAUUAAUUACAGCACAGCAGGAUAUAAUUUGGAUCUUGGUAAGGACAUUGCACCCUGAUCCUGGCUGGGCAUUAGCUGCUAGGGGGUGCUGCAUAGAAGUUGCACCCUGAUCUGUGGCUGGGCAUUAUGUUGCAAGAAACCUCCUGUUGGGUUAUUUGUUUCACCCACACUGACAAUACUAAUCACAGCACAACAGGGUAUAAUUUGCAUCUUGAUAAGGACAUUGCACCCUGGCUGGGCAUUGGACACUUGGCUGGAUGGCGUCAGUGUGUGCGGUGCUGGGCUGUGGCACGCUGCACCAUAGUCCUGUAUCAGUAUUUAUCUUUGGUCAAGGUUAUAGUCAUUGCAAUGCACCUUCAGUAUGUCAGUUUUGAGAUUAUGUAUGAUGAGUUUCCAGUCACCAUCAACACAUGUCACCACUCAGUCCCUAUCACUGCCAGUGAAGGGAAAAUUAUCCUGGCUGACGAUAGUGCACCAGAGGGAGGGGGAGAGAGAUGUCCCCUUAGCUCAGAGGGUUUUCCCGAGGUCCGUGUUGCAUGUGGUCGCCGGCUGCACAGUUUGUGGAUGUGAUGGGGUUUGUGUUUCCUGUUAGAGCACCAUGUUGUGCAAUGUUGACUUGCUCACUUUUAUGUAAGACUUACCUUGCAUUGAAGCUUCUUGUGGGGACGGUGGCCAAUAGUUUACAGAUUUAUCAUCAAUUUUUUUUUUUAAUUCACUUGUUUCAAAACAAAUCUGGAAUUGUUUCAAAUGCAUCUUUUAUUAAUUUUAAGACAGUUGUUAUCAUCGUACAUUAUUCUUUAAAGAGUUAAAACUAAUCAUGUGAUAAAUUAUGCCUUUGGCAGGUUGAUGUAAAAAAUUAAACACUUUAAACAAUA